AUGAAGAAAUGGAUAAAGGUGAGACAUGCACAAGGAGUCCAUAAUGUACAAUUAGAAGCGAAGGAAGUGACUCCUUUAUCAGAAAACCUUUUUGAUGCCCAGCUCUCUACGAAGGGUCUCCAACAGGUUUCUGAACUGCGCAAGCAAAUCCUUGAAUCAGGAUUACUAAACACUAUCGAGUUAGUGAUUACCUCUCCUCUGCACAGCUCCGGCCAUCUCCUUCCGUCUUUCACCACUGGUGGAAGUUCAGCUCGUCGUCCUGACCCUGAUCCUCCAGAUUCUGGUCUUUCUCUGUCGGAUUACCCUCCUCUAUCUCCUCUCUUACUGAUCCAGCAAUCAAAAUCUAAAAGUACUGUUGAGCCGAAAUUCACUGUAGCCCCACCAAAAGCUACGUCUCCUCUUUACACUAACCAUGCUUCUACAGUUGGUCAUGCAAUUCUACCUUUACCAACACCCCCAUCAAAGUCGACGGAAGCUUCAAUUUCAGGUACUACUUCUACUGGAAACACCUCCUCUCAUCCUCACAAUCCGCCUUCUCUACCUGCAAAGGAACAUAUUACUCAACCGACUCCAAACUUGGCCGAGAGAUUGAGAUUCUCAGCUGACAGGACUUUGAAAAGACAAGGUCCGCAGGUUCUAGGAGAGACGGGAAUACCUCGUGUUGUGAUCCCUGAGAAAGUGUUCCAGAGAGGGGCAGAUCAACAUAAGGAUUUUAUCAUUUGCUUCUUCUGUGGAAGAGCUCCUCCCUACAAGCAAAUUCAGAAUGUGUUAAAUCACAUGUGGGGUAAAGGCAGAAAACUGGAAACCCAUAGGAAUCCCCUUUCAAACUCAAUGUUGCCUUCUACUCAGAGUGAUGCCUCGCCGGCUCUAGCCUCUUUUCCCAUCUGGGCUCACUUGAGAGGGGUUCCCCUUGAUCUGCGAACCCUUGAAGGGUUAGGAUGGGUAGCGGGUAUGAUUGGUGAACCCAAAGAAACAGAUGAUUUCACCAUGAAUCUUGUGAACCUGGUCAUGUCUCAUGUAAAGGUGGAGGCUGACCUAUCGAAACCUCUCCCUCGUACACUUGAGUUGGUCAGAUCCACAGGACAGGUCGUUAAGGUUGAAGUUGACUAUCCUUGGAUACCGGCAACCUGCUCCCAUUGCAAAGAGGUUGGUCAUAUUGCAAAAAACUGCUUGCAACUGCCUCCUUCCGGGCCCCUUCCAAAGCCAGCUACUCAUGAAGCUCGAGUUAGGGCUACGGUCAGAGCCUCAGAAGCUUCAAAGGGAUCAUCGAUUCCAAUCCCAACUACUAAUACAAUGAAUACUGAUGCUGGCUCUCCCCCCUCAUCGAAUACUUUAUCCCGAGAUUUAUCAAGUCUGGUUCUGGAAGACUCAACCGCUUCACAAACUCUGGAUUCUGUGGUGGUUGUCUCUGAGUCAAUGGUUAAGGUUCAUGAUAUUGAUGGUUCUGUGAGUGCUGUUACAGACUAUACGGUCUCUGCUACUGAUGGUUCAGCAAUCCCUGUAUCUGAAGAUUUGGCUAAUAUACAGACUUCUAUAGCUUACGAAACUGUUACAGUUCUAAAUCAGAAGGAUACGAUGCAAGCAGCUUAUACAGUGGGAGCUUUGGAUGAGGUGGCUGUUGCGGCAACCAUUAAUCAACAUGUUGCCCAUGGAACUGAUGUUAAUGAAUCCAACAUAUUCUCACCGGAAAGCUGUAAUGUGGAUUCUGACACAUUGAAGCCCUUAGUCUUAAAAGACAAGGUUCAUGAUCCUCCACCGGAAAUCCUCAGGCGGCAUGGAAGUCUCCUUCCCAGUGGAUUUUGUUGUUGGCCUCCCUGCGACUAUUACUCCCGCUGGCACUCCUUAUCCUCAUAG